AUGGAGAUUAUUAAAACUCUAUCUCUUAUUGUUUUCUUCAGCUACAUUAAAUGUGAGCCUCUUCAAAGAAGUUUACUACACGCAGCCAGACAGCAUAGCAACCGCCAGGAUCACCCAGAGGAGAACCUAAGAGACAUUGCCAGCAUUAUGGUUGCUCAGUUUCUUCAGGAUGCAUCUUAUGAAGUAGUCCAAACCAUUGCUGAAGAGUUGCUGGAUCUUGUUGAAAACUGUAAGAGUCUCAGACCACAUGAGUCACCUGCAGAAUGUUUUCACCAACUGGUUGCUACCUUCCUCACAUAUAUUUGCAACAACCAAGGGCUGGUGGGCAGUGAUGUGUUCACUAACUGUUGCAAGAUGGAAAACACAGCAAGACUCAAGUGCUUCCUGUCCUAUAAAAAAGAUGAAGUGGGCGACAUUGAUACAUCCUUGAUGCCAAGGCCUGAGCUGACCUGUGAGACUCACAUGGGGAGUCAUAUGUCGCUGAAGGUAAGGUAUGGCUAUGAAAUUUCUAGAAGGCAUCCAUUCUUAUAUGGACCCACUAUCUUGGCCAUGUCUGCUUGCUACGAAACAGCUGUUCUGUCAUGUUGUCAAGAGGAAAAUAAAACGGAGAUCCUGCAGACAAAGCUAGAACCCAUCAGAAAAUAUAUUAGAGAAAUAUCUUCGAGACAUCGCCAUUUAUGUGUAAUCAGGAUUAAAUUCAAUGACCAACUGGCAAGAGCAGUAGAAUUGAUUCUGCUCACUAAAAAGCAACCUAAAUUUGAUUUUUCUGAAAUUGCUAAAUUGACCACAGAUAUUAAAAAUCUGCAUGAGACCUGUUGUGAAGGAAAUACAGUGGCAUGUGUGCUUGGCAGGCACUGGCUCAUGAACUAUACCUGCUCCAACCAGGCCAUCUUGUCCAGCAAGUUUGCUCAGUGCUGUGAACAGCCAGAACCAUUCCGUGGGGAAUGCAUUAUCAACUCAGGAAAUGAUGACAAGCCCAACCUUUCACCCCUGUCACUCAGAAGGUUUACAGAAGCUCAGUCUGCCUGCAAGCAAUUCAGUGACAAGCAGGAUGACUUUCUACAAGAGUUUCUUUAUGAAUAUUCAAGGGGACACCUGAAGUUGGCAGUUCCAGUGAUUUUAAGAGUGUUUGCCACAUAUAAACAUUUACUGGAGAAAUGCUGCAAGUUAGAAAACCCUUUGGAAUGCCAUAGCCCUGGGAAAGAGAUGUUCCAAAGAGUGGUCUGUGAAAGCCAUGACCGUGUUAAAACUUACUGUGACUUGUACAAGAAGUUAGGGGGCCCUAACUUCCAGGACAGGCUCACAGUCCUUUAUACUAAGAAAGCCCCACAGCUGUCUUCGCAUGAGUUGGUGACAUUCACGAGGAAGAUGGCAGCGGCUGCCAGUAGAUGCUGCCCAUUAAGGGAAGAGCUGCAAUCUGCCUGUGUCAAGGAUGCGUUAAGUCCAGCAAAGCUGAUCCUUGGAGCUCUGUGCAGAAGACAUGACACCAAGCCUGUCAAUGCUGGAGUGAGCCACUGCUGUGACAGCUCCCAUGCCUUCAGAAAGCCAUGCUUUGAUGACCUGCAAGUCGAUGGAACUUACAUUCCUCCACCUUUGUCUUGUGACCAAGUCAUCAGCCUUGAAGAUGACUUGUGCCAAGCACAGGAGGAGGCACUCCAAAUUGAAAAGCAAAAGCUCCUCAGUAACCUUGUGAAACAGAAGCCACACAUAGCAGAAGAGGCAUUCCUGUUCAUUGGAGAGGAUUUUUUGCAGCUGGUGGAGAUGUGCUGCCAUGCAGGAAAGAGGGAGAUAUGUUUUCAAGAAGAGGGACCCCAACUGAUCGUGAAGUGCCAGUCCCUCUUAGAGGCCGACUCAUCCCAGAGAAUGCCAAUGUAG